AUUAAAUAAAUAAAUAAUUUAUUAAAUGUUUUAAAUGAAAUGAAUGGCCGUUUAAUUAAUUAUUGACACAAUUUAUUAAUUAUUUAAUGGUGUAUCUAAUUAAAUCAUUUUCUCACUCCUAGCCCUCCAUACUGGCUAGCCCCCAUAUUAAAACAACUUUUAAACAUUAUUAACAUUUUUCAUUUCCCCCUCAUUUAACCCCUUCCUCCCUUCUGCCCUCUUUCCCCCCAUUUAACACUACCUGCUUCUACUAUGCCCUUUCUUUGCCUCCUUGCUUUCGUUUGCUGCUUUCUUUCCACCCACUAUUUUUCCUCUAUCACUCCCAGCCUAAUUCUUCACCUUUUAGAUAGUAGCAUGAAGAAACAGGGUGAGGCUGGACUGCUAACAGGGUUGGGCUGUGAGUUUUUUCCCAUUAAAGUGACAGUUAGCUACAUACAAAACAAUUAGCUGGAAUCUUUCAAAGAGAGAAUAAGAUACAGGUUGUUAAAAUGAUUAAACAUGCUGCUAAUGUCUAACUGAGUCCUCUUUGGGCACCCCACCCAAUUAGACACAUGCCAUUCAUGUUAUCUGUACAGCUUUUUCUAUGGGCUGUAUAAAACCAAAACAUAUUUUUUCUAUAUUCGCUCUCACUGUAAUUCCUCUAUAGCCACUGCAGUUUUUCUUGAAGGGACUGCCAGUUUAUCAUCCGAUAAAGACCAACAUCCCUGUCUUGACCUCCCACAUACUCAUGCACAAAACAGUCCCACCUAUAUGAGCAUGUAGGUGUAGGACAAUGGAGCACUAACAUGGAAACUUUCAUGGCACCUCACAUAUUUAUAGAGCUGACAUUAUCUGAAAAGCUCCUGGGAGCAUCUGAUCAUGUUUGCUCUACACGGUUUCAGCACUCUGUAAUGUAUUUGAAAUAAGAAGGCUCUGUAGUUCAAUUAAAAGCAAAAAGCUUUGAAGAUAAAAGUAAAAGCACACUGAUAUGAUAAUCCUGCAGUUACCCCUGGCUUUGUGAAGGAUAUGGCAUUCAUAUUUUUUUGUAUUAACCAACUUGGGUGUGUUGAUUUAACUGUAUGAUCAUUUUAGUUAAUAUAGUGUUCGAUGACUGACAGUUGUAUCAACUGAUAGUUUGAUCAGCAUCACAACCAACAUGCUUUUUAUCAAAUAUAGUCGAGCAUCUGGCACCUAAUCGCUGUAAUGGCAGGAGCAGCCCUACAGGGCUGAGAGAAGAAAACAUUAUCAGGGGUGGUUGCAGGGUUUAUUCCUGUUCAGUGACAAAGCUUAGAUAGCUCUUUUAAUGUUCUAGGUGCAUGCAAAGCAAAGCAAUGAAAUAUUCAGUUAGUUAUCUAUAUGAACUUUAAAACCCAGAUAUCAAGACGACAUUGAAUUGGUAUUGAUUUUUCAUCUGGUCCAUUUUAUGGUCAGGAUUGAAAUGUCAAUUUUGAAACAACAUUUAAAUACUGUGGGUAACCAACAUCCUAACUUUAAUGACGUUGUAAUAAUGUUGAUUUACAGUUGUUUUUUUGUCAUCGAUAUUUGAUCUAUUUAUAGUCGACCAGGUGACAACAACAACAUUGAAAAAACAUCUAUUUAUAGUUGACCAGAUUAAAGCGGCGAUCACUCCGAAGCACCUCUUUCACAUCCUACAGGUCACCAUCGAAAAGCCAUUGAUUUGUAGUUGAGCGUUAAAUUGUAUUGGAACUGAGCGGGUAUAAAGUAUCACAGAAAGUAGAUUGAAUGUUCUUUUGUUAUCAAAGAUUUCUGAUGUAGUUACAGUUUACCAGCUUAAAAAAAUCAUGUCGAAAUGCCAUUUAUGUAUGAUUAAAGCAGCGAUCACUUGGACUAUUCCGUAGCACCCCUCUCACAGUGGUACAUCCCUCCAGGUAACCAUUCAUAAGUCUUGUACAGUAGAGCGGGAAAUUACAUUUCAGCUCAGCGGAUUUGACCGGUGAAGGCGUAGCAUGCACCACGAUUAGUAUAAGGUAAGGGUGAAUGAAUUUUCUUCUAUUCGUUAUUUUGACGGUCGCGUUUGAAUAAAAGUAAAAAACUCGUUAAUGUACAGUUUCGGAUAAAAUUUGGGAGCCUGAAAUGUUGUGUCUACUUUCAGCUUAUAGUCCUGCAACAAAUAAAUUGCACCGAGAACACAAUCUAUCAACAAAGAAAACAUUUUCGUUUCAUAAAAUACUGUCUUUCCAUUAUAAAGCUAGCAUAACGCUUCGUGGGUUCCUUUGUUAGCCUUGCAGUCGCCUCGCCCACCGUCAACCCAGACUGUCGCUCUAUGGUUGCUUUUUUCCAUAGUACUAAAAAAAAUUGUUAAUCUCUGCAAUAUGAUUGGUAAACGUAAAGGUAACUCUAUAAAUGUGUACAAUGACUUUGUUACUUUUGAUGAUUGGAGAGCGCUCGCUUCAAUUCGCACACUUCAAUUCACACAAAGAAGACUUUCGACUCAGUUGAAUGCUCACGCGGCAUGUCCACGUGACUUUCCGUUGCACGCACACAUGACUUUCCGUUUGUGCCUUGAAUAAUGAAUAAGUCACUUACCUGUAAUGUAUCUCGGCUAUCAUGUUUUUCCUCUUUUUAUUGACAUUGUGCCCCUUUUUUUCUCUUUUCAGAUCAGAUUUGUUAACUACCAUCCAUCCAUAAACAAAUAUACACUGAAAAUGGCAUCACGCUGGUCAAGGAGGCGCAAAUUAAGGUCAAUGGUUGAGGCCGCACAGUCAGAUAUACUCCGGCACUUUGAAGAGAUGGUUGGCGAACUAAAUAUCCAAAGCGACAAUGCACAGGUUGAAGUUAAGCGACCGCGGGUGGCAGAAGAGUCUGGUGUGUCCCACUGUUGUCACCCAGGCAUAGACAGACCAAAUCCCCUGUACACUUAUGCAGACUCUGAGGAUGAGCAGCCUCAAAAAAAACGGUUUCCCCAGGCCCCUCGAGUGAAAAUACCAGCCCCCGCCACUCCGCAGUCUGCCCCCCAGCGGACUGAUAGCAACCAUCAUAAUACCCCGCCCAGCUUCCGGCACCUUUCGCCACUCCGGCACAACACACAAGCCGACACAGCUUUGCGAUCUCCCCAGCAUGUAGAGUCUGAUGUCAAUGCCGUCGCUAGAGAUGAUUCCAGAGUCUCUGUGAGGCCACUAUUACAAGAUGCGACCUUACAUAAGAUUUUAACGAUGGUGUCAGACCUGACCAGAGCAGUUCACGAUCUCCGUGAGGAGGUCAGAGCCAUCCGCCAUCCCUGCAGCAAUGAAUCUGUAGAUGCUGGGGUAUUGCCUCUGGAUUUGCCCUUGCACAACAUGGAGGAGCUAAACAAUGCAGAGGCAGCUCUGCAAUCACCAGAGGCAAAUAAGGCAAUGGUGAGACGCUUUGCGUUGAUUGGAGGGACCACACUGGAGGUGCGAGUCCGCCGUGUAAUGGCUUAUGCCAUUACAAACGAGCUGGCCUCUGAACUCAACUGGGCGGGGAAAAAAACCAAGGACCAGACAAAGCAAAAAAGGGCAUUUAAAGAGACAGUGCUGUGCAAAUGCAUAUUUGAUGGCCUGACGCAGCAGGUAGGGGCGAACUCUAUGUCUGAGUUUGUCUUUGCUCAAGCAGUCCAGAAAUGGCUCAGAUACGCUCCAGAUCGUAUGGGUGGUGCAGGACGCCCAACAUCCAUCCCCAUCCUGGAGUAAAUACCAAAAAGUGACGUGAAACAAAGAAA